AUGGGUUGGAAGAUGGCGUCUCCCACGGACGGAGCAGAUCUAGAAGCAUCUUUGCUAAGUUUUGAAAAACUUGACCGGGCUUCACCAGACCUUUGGCCAGAACAAUUACCAGGUGUUGCUGAAUUUGCAGCUUCCUUCAAAAGUCCUAUUACUAGCUCUCCACCCAAAUGGAUGGCUGAAAUAGAACGUGAUGACAUCGACAUGUUGAAAGAACUGGGGAGCCUCACCACAGCUAACUUGAUGGAGAAGGUACGAGGCCUUCAGAACCUGGCCUAUCAGUUGGGGCUGGAUGAGUCCAGAGAGAUGACACGGGGGAAAUUCCUCAACAUUCUAGAGAAGCCCAAGAAGUAGCAGCUGCUUGUGGACAGGAUGUCCUGGGGCCUGGAACCAUGCGUCCUUCCCAGUGCAGCUCUGAAGAUGCACACCUCACUGCUUCCUGACCAGAGGCCGGAGGGUGCACUCCAGAAUUCACCCUCUCCCCUGCUUCUGGCACUCUGCGCCUCUGAGGACGUUCGGCAGCAAGAGAAGAAUCUGUUCUACCCAAGGAUCGGUGCAGUUAUUCCAUCAGCUUCCAGACUUUGACCAUCUCAACCUCGGAUGGUGACACCAGAGAGCAUAUCAUUCUUAAAGGUCAAAGUCCUGCUUUCUCAUUUCCAGAAGUGAUUCAGGAGCUCCAGGAUCUUACAGUUGAUUUGAUUCAGUGAUGGCAAAGUCAGUUGAGACAUGUUGCUUGGAUGAGUUCCUUUGAAUUGUACUUCAUCUCUUAGGAAGUAUUUAUGAUGCUAGGAGACCAGAGGCUAGUUAGAUUCUGGACCAGUUAGAGUCAGAUCAGGGUGCAGUUUGACCUGCAAACCCACCAGUGUAUACUAGGUUCCAGGAAUCCCCAGCUAGAGAAAUGCUUUUGAAAUUCUACACCUCUCAUGAUAGUUGCAUCCCCCAGUGCCUUCUGUUCCCCACCUCCAAGGCCCCCCCAUAUGUCUGACUCCAGAGAGCGGGAUCCCUGUGUACCAAGUCCCUCCUGGGAUUAGCUUGUACAGUGAAAGGCGCAUGCAGGGUUGCAUUGGGUUCUAGAUAUCAAGACUAGCGUAAAGAUGAUGGAAAGGACUUUUGAGUUCUGCUUAAUCUGAUACAGAUUCAAGUGAGAAAGUAGUUAUGGCCUGAAAGAUAGGAGAAGGGGAUUGAGUGCAGGAGUUCCCAUUUGAUUAAAAACUAGAAAUUGUAAUUGACCUUAAGGGAAUGUGCUGUGGAAUGGUGGCAAUAUUUUGCCUGCCCCGCUAUCCCAUCUCAUAGCACAGAUUAAAUAGUUCACUCAUAUAACAGAAAUACACACACACAAGAGAAAGAAUUUCUUGACUCUACAAUUCUUAUGGCGCUCUUUGUCCAUUAUCUAUAUAAAGACCUGAAAAUCUAGCCCAUGUUUAAAAUUGAUUAUAAGUAUUCUCCUUAUUUUGUCUUGUAAGUUAGCCCCCAGCUUCUGUUAUUUUGAGAAGUUCAUGGGCUUUCCUAAACUUUAUGAAAAGAAGAUCCGUGUGGCAGUAAUGUGUUAGUGUUUAGACACUAGGGAUGUUGUGGUCAAGGUCUGGAUGCUGACUGUUUGGCUAGGGCACAGCACUGCUCAGUUUAAUAGCUGGUCCAUUAGCCAUUUUCUGACACUUGUGCCUUGUUUCCCAUGCUAGAAUUAAGGUUGGAUUUUUCUUUCAUUUGCUUCCUUUGACCAUCCAUGCAGUUUUACUUAUUGAUCAGGGUGGGUGGAAUUUAACACAAGACAUUAAAAGAGAGUAUGAGAAGGCAAACAUUCUGUUUGGAUGCGAUAUAUAAGGUUAGGCUAUAGAGGUGUUGAUUUUAAGUAAAGCUUAUCAUUGACAUUCCUUUGUCUUAAAUGCGGUUAAAGAAUGUAAAAGAUGGGGAGAGAGAAGGAAGGAGGGCUGUGCAAAAAAAUAAUGCCACAAUGUCAGAUUCUAACUUUGCUCUGUUUUUUGAGAGUUGAUGGUGUCAGGCACUUGUAAGUGCUUAGGGAAAUUGAGAAAUAGAUGGAGAACAUUGGGGUACCUCCCUGAAACCAACUCCAGUCUGUAAACUGGUUUUGGGGUCUGCUUUGGCCUCUUCCUUUUACUGUCAUCUUAUCCACCAGCACUUAAUAUACGUAGAUGUUUUAGAAUUGCAGUAUUUAUUGGUUUUGUAUUUGCUGUCCUUAGAAAUGUUAUUGAUGUAUUUUUAUAUUGAUAAUAUAAAUUUAUGUACAAUGUGCGCAUGUAUGUAUUUUAGGGUGUUAGAGGAUUGUACUUUGUGUAUGGUGGUUUCUGUGUCAUCAUAAUAAAUAUUCACCUUUU